AUGGGGUUCAUGGCGAUGAUCGGAGAUGAGGAUCAUGACAGCAGGGUGCUGUCGAUCUCGGUGUUCGUCGCUGUGCUCUGCCUCUGCAUCGUCGCCGGUCACUUGCUCGAGGAGCACCGCUGGUUCAACGAAUCCAUCAUUGCCAUUCUCAUUGGAUGGAUUACUGGAGCUGUUGUAUUGUUGCUGAGCAAAGGGAAAAAGUCUCAUAUUCUUAGGUUCAAUGAGGAAGUGUUUUUUAUUUAUAUUCUUCCACCUAUAAUCUUCAAUGCCGGGUUUCAGGUAAAGAAGAAGGAGUUUUUCCGUAAUUUUUUCACCAUCAUGCUUUUUGGAGUAAUUGGUGUGUUUAUUUCAUUCGCCAUUAUAUCAGCAGCAUUGAAGCUCACAUUUCCGUUGUAA